ACCCUGCUGUAACCCGCCGGCCAUUGCCAUGGCGGCCAAGUUUCCCCCUCUGACGCUCUGCCCUUCUUACCCUAACUCUAAUCAUACACCACUGUUUCACACUCCUUAUUUUUUCUGCACAAAGCGGCCUCCUGCACUCGGAAUCCCUGCCAAACCAACUCCAUGCACAGCGCCUCGAUGCGCCAAGCGAACCGGGAAGCAAAGGUAUCCUUCCGAGAAGAAGAAGCUCGAGAGGAUGAAUAAAACUCGAACCCUAACAGAAAUCAAGAUCAAGGAAGAAGGCUUCUGGAGAUUCUCCAAGCUUGGCAUACCCGUCCACGAGGAUCCCGGAAAGGACUUCUUCGGCGUCUCUCUUCCUCUUCUUGAAUCAAUCUCCAAGAUCCUCGAGUUCCCGGUGGCCGCAAUGCUGCCAAUGGAAGCUUUCACAGUUGUUCGGAAGUCCUUUGAUGCAAGGAAGGUAAUAUUUGUCUGGUUAUGAAGCGAUAAUUGUCUUUUGAGUGUCUUAAUUGCUUCU